AUGAAACUAGUUAAAUCCACUUGGUAUAUGUUAAUCAAUAUAUUAUUAUAAAAGGGCAAAUUGGUCCAGGAAAAUUGUGUAAUCUGUGAUGGUGAAUGAAAGAAGAUUUUAUAUAUUCAAAAGAAAUCUAAUUCGCUAAAAAUGA